ACAUGAUCUCGCGGCGUGGGCAAAAUGGCGGCGCCCAGGCAGAUGCGUGUUUAGUGGGCUCGACUUUCCCCUCAAGCGGCUGCCUCCGACGCCAGCAUGUCGCGGCUGAUUGUGAAGAAUCUGCCCAACGGGAUCAAGGAAGAACGCUUUCGCAACCUCUUUGCUGCCUUUGGGACGCUGACGGAUUGCUGCUUGAAAUUUACCAAGGAUGGCAAAUUCCGCAAAUUUGGGUUUAUUGGCUUUCAGUCAGAAGAAGACGCCAAAACCGCCCAGUCUCAUUUCAACAAAAGCUUCAUAGACACAUCCAGAGUCACGGUUGAAGAAUGUAAGUCUUUUGGGGAUCCAUCAAAGCCUAAAGCCUGGAGCAAACAUUCAAGUAAGCCCCAACUGGUAAAGGAAACCUCUAAAAAACCCACAAAGAAUUCAGACCAUGCAGAAAAGAAACAAGAUGGAACAAAGAAGAAAAAGAAAGCAGGACAGUUGAAAGAGCUGGAAGGAGAAGCAGCGUUUCAAGACUUCUUGGCCGCCCAUCAGAAACGGUCCCAGGUUGCAACUUGGUCCAAUGACACGAAGGUUGAGGAACGUGCUGAGGUGGUUGAAGAUUAUCUGAACUUUGAUUCCGACGAGGAUUCAAGCGAGGAGAUGGAUGUGGAAGUUGCUCGAAAGAAAGGAGAAAGUUCUCCAAGCAAGGCAGCAACCCAGCAACAGCUCUCCGACAUGGAUUAUUUGCGAUCCAAAGUGGUGAAGGGGGACGAAUCCUCGCCUUCAUCGGCAGAGGAGAGCGAGGCCGAGGAGAUGGACAGUGAGGCGUCUGAUGGAGGAGAGGAAGAAGAGGUGGAAGAGAAGACCAGCCUCAAGCCAAGGGCUGUUUCUAGCACCAAGACCAAGCUGACCGGAAAGAUCAGUGUCCAGAAUCUCACUGAGGAUACUAAGGGUACCAAAAUGACAUCACAGGAAAACAGAUCAGCCGCAGCCAGUGAACCCACCACGGCAUUCACCGUGAAAAUGCGGGGCGCCCCAUUCAAUGUCACGGAGCAAAACGUGAAAGAGUUUUUUGUGCCACUUCGGCCGCUGGCAAUCCGGAUUGCAAGGAACGCACACGGGAACAAGACAGGUUACGUAUUUGCCGAUUUUAACACUGAGGAAGAACAACAGAAAGCCCUAAAGAGGGAUCGAGAAUACAUGGGCGGUCGGUACAUUGAGCUGUUUCCAGAAGAGAGGGGCGCUAAGGGGAAGCCCUCCGAGAAGGGAUCUGGCCAGAUCUGGCAGAGGACCAAGAAAGACGAUGAGGAAGAAGAAGAUCUUUCAGAAUCCGGAAGGCUUUUCGUGCGGAACCUUCCUUACACCUGCACGGAAGAAGAAAUGGAGGCCCUCUUCUCCAAAUACGGGCCGCUCUCCGAGAUCCACUUUCCUAUUGACAGUCUAACCAAGAGGCCCAAAGGCUUCGCGUUUGUCACCUACAUGUUUCCUGAGCAUGCCGUGAAGGCCUUCGCAGAAGUGGACGGACAGGUUUUCCAGGGCCGAAUGUUGCACGUGUUGCCUUCCACCAUCAAGAAGGAAGAAGCGGAGAGCUCAGAUUCUGCAGGGUCAUCUUCGUACAAGAAGCAAAAGGCCUCAAAAGACAAAGCAAACAGCCUGAGCUCUCACAACUGGAACACCCUCUUCAUGGGAACGAAUGCCGUGGCCGACGCUGUCGCGCACAAAUACAACGCUACCAAGAGUCAAGUGCUGGAUCACGAGGGCAAGGGCAGCGUGGCUGUGAGGGUGGCCCUUGGCGAAACGGAGCUGGUUCAAAAUGUGCGCCGGUUCCUGCUUGACCAUGGAGUCAGCCUGGAUUCCUUCAGCCAGGCGGCCGGAGAACGGAGCAAGGCGGUGAUUUUGGUGAAGAACCUGCCUGCUGGCACGAAGGCGAAGCAGCUGGAGGAGGUCUUUGGGCCUUUUGGUAGCCUCGGCCGGGUGCUGCUCCCCGAAGGAGGAGUGACAGCCAUCGUGGAGUUCCUGGAACCCACUGAAGCCAAAAAGGCAUUCACCAAAUUGGCCUACUCCAAGUUCCAGCAUAUCCCUCUCUACCUCGAAUGGGCACCCAUGGGGGUGUUUUCUGGUCCCGGGACAAAAAUGUCGGAGGUUGAAGAGCAAAAGGAAAGUGAGGAACAAACCCAGAAAGGGAUUUUUGGAAAAAGUGAUGCUCUGAAGGAAAUGAAGGAGGAGGAGGAAGAAGAAGAAAGUCUUCCAGGCUGUACCAUUUUCAUAAAAAACCUCAACUUCAGCACUACAGAAGAUACACUAAAAGAGGUGAUUUUCAGGGAUUUCAUGGCUAUGCAGGCCUUCCUUGCACCCUCCCCAAAACUCCGGCUGUCGUAUGAACAGGGGCACCCAAGAACAGGGGUCCCAACCUCCGGACGUGACAUGCCAGAAACUGGGCCGCGCAAAAACAGUGGGAUGCAGGCAGCAUGUGGAACCGUGCCCCCUUCCGGUCCACGGAACACCGUCUCUCCAUGGAACUGGUCCCUAGUUCCCAAAAAGUUGGGGGCUGCUGCCCUAGAAGGCAAUAGUGUUUCUCCAAACUUUUGGACUUUCACUUGGAAAUUCAUCUCUUUUUCUUCUUCUCCUCCUCCCUGCUUCCUUAGCACCUUUGGAGAGCUGAAGACAGUCCGCCUGCCGAAGAAAAUGUUCGGAUCGGGAACGCAUCGUGGCUUCGGCUUUGUGGAUUUCCUGACCAAGCAGGAUGCCAAGAGAGCAUUCGGUGCCCUGUGCCAUAGUACCCAUCUGUAUGGCAGGAGGCUGGUGCUGGAGUGGGCAGAUUCAGAGGAGACCGUAGAAUCCCUGAGAAGAAAAACGGCAGAGCACUUUCAUGAUCCCCCUGUCAAGAAACAGAAGACAGCCAUGUUAGAAGAAAUCUUGGAGAAGCUAGAGGAUGAUGAAGGAGAAAAUGAGGAGAACAGCUAGAAUCCCCACUUCGAAACAUAAAGAGCUAAACGAUAGUCAAGGAGACAACAGGAAGAC